AGCUUGAACCCAACCUCUCCCCCAGAGAUAACACACGAAUCAGACGUCUCCGACCUCGCAGAAAACGACAUCCGCCUCCCGCGCUCCGUCCAAGCAGUCUACCUGCGGCCCCUCAAACGCAGACCCAAAUACGGAGUCCCGACCUGCGAUCUCCAGCUGCGGUCCUAUAGCAUCCGCAAUCUCGAAUUCUUCUGCGAUUUCGCCAUCCGAGCAGCCUAUUAUUUGGGUCUGCCGGCUUCGGGACCGGUUACCUUGCCAAGGAUUACGGAGAGAUGGACGGUUCCCAGGGGCAGUUUUAUUCAUAAAAAGAGUCAGGAGAAUUUUGAGAGGAGGACUGUGAGGAGGUUGAUCCAGAUUAAGGAUGGGGAGGCGGAGACGCAGGAGUUGUGGUUGGCGUUUUUGAGGAAGUAUUCAUACUAUGGCAUUGGAAUGAAGGCCAAUGUUUGGGAGUUUAGUAAAUUGAAUGUUGGCAAGGAGAUGGAUGCUCAGAUGGAGAAGAUGAAGGAUGUGUUGGAGCCUACGUUGAAUAACUUGGCGUUCAAUAAGAAGAGCAAGUUGGCAAAGAAGCCUGUUUCUACGAUAAACAAGGCGGUCUUUAGACAGGCUUCUGGUGCUAGUGGCCCUAUGCAAGAUAAGAGACCGAAGGGUACAUGGCCGGUUGGGAGGGAAAGUUUCAUUCCGUCGCAGAGAGAAUUGGAUGAAUAG